UGUAGUUCAUGAUGUCGCCUGAGAAAGCUGAUAAAGUCACCAAUGUUUCUGACUUAAUUGGCUCAUGGGGUCCACUUCAGAAGAAAAUUUUUGGACUGCUUGCCAUAUCUAUGUUGUUGCUCCCUUCAAUUACUUGGGUAUAACUUAUUAUGCCUUGAAAGAUGAAAUCUGGUGUGAACAAAAUAACGGAACCAAAAUUAUUUUGCAUUCAGACAAGUGUACGUUUGAUGAACUGGGGUCAUGUAAGCAAUGGGGCUUUGAAACAGACCGUAUAACUAUUUCUAGAGAAUGGAACAUGAUUUGUGAGCGUUAUUGGUUAAAAUCAUUCACCUUAUCUGUUUAUGUAUUUGGUUAUUUGAUCUCUGGUAUCGUAAUUGGCUAUAUUUCCGAUAAAUUUGGCCGAAAAUUUGCAUUGGCUUGUUCCGUUUUCCUCGAAAUAAUAAGUCAGAUUGGAAUCAUUUUUACUUCAAAUCUUUACGUUUUCAUUGUAUUAAGAGUGAUUGACGGUAUCGGGGGCUAUGGAAGGUACAUUGUUGCCCUGAUUCUUUGUAUGGAAAAUGUUGGUCCAAAUCAUCGUGGUAAAAUGGUAAUCAGCUUUGAAUGGCUUUGGUAUAUUGCUACUUAUGUGAUGAUUAUUACUUGCUACUUCGUUCUUGAUUUUCGCACCAUUUUCAUUGGAAUCACAAUUUAUCAGCUGGCAACAUUGAUUGCAAUUUAUUACCUUCCUGAGUCACCUCGAUGGCAGUUAAUCUCUGGUGAUAAGACAAAAGCUGGAAUAAUAUUGAGACAAUAUUCUGAAUUGGAUGAGGAUAUAUUUAAUGCUAAAUUUGGUCAGCUUUGUGAAAAUUUGAAUGAAUUACAACUAAAGGAGAAAGAAAAUGAAAAAUUCAAUAUCUUUCGUUUAUUCAAAUACAAGGAAACCAGGAAAAUAUUUCUAUGUUUCUUGGUCAUUUGGCUGAUGCGCCUCAUUCGUUGA